AUGAAUUUCAUUGAUUUUUAUAUUACAGAAAAUGAGUAUCAAUUUGUUGCACUCGAUGAAAAAAUUCACAAACAAGUUCCGAAAAAGUGGAAAAACGGCCAAGGGGAGGGUUAUGAUAGUCAAAAUGAAGCAAUAGUAAAAGUUUGGUUUCGUGUACAAUUUUAUGUUGAUCAGGUUGUUCUCUUGAGAGAAAAAGUGACACGUCAUCUAUUCUAUCUACAACUAAAAGAGAAUGUGUUACAAUAUAAUAAUAUAACAAGUGAAGAGAAAUGUUUUCAGAUGGUUGGUAAUGCUCUGCAGGCAGAUUUCGGUUCCUAUACACCAGAUAAACACCAGGAUGGCUAUUUUGAUCCCAGAGUAUAUUUCCCUGCCUGGAUUGUUGCUAAAAGAGGAAUGGACUAUAUAUUACAAAAUGCACCCAAAAUUCAUCAAGAAAAUCGAAAUUUGACACGACCUGACGCAGAAUUAAAAUAUAUAAAAGAAGCAUCAAUAUCACCCUCAGCUCAUAAUCUUCAUUUUUAUCGAGUCCGUAAGAAAAAAACAGAUAAAGUUUUAAACACAUGGUUAGGAAUUUGUCCCAGAGGAAUUGAAGUUUAUGAGGAAGAAACAAAUGGUUUUAAAAAUUUAAUCUCAACAUUUCUGUGGCUUGACAUUGGAAGACUUUAUUUUGAUAAAAAGAAGUUUGAGAUACGAUCUGAAGGUUGUCCUGAUGGAAGAAAGUUUACCUAUUAUACUGAUAGUGAUGUUACAUCUAAAUACCUCUUGACAAUCUGUCGCGCCACUCACAUGUUUCAACUGGAAAUAGAACCUAAACUGAGAGAAAUACGACAUCUUGAUGCUGAAGGUAGGGUUUGGUUUUCUAACUAG